AGUUCAUCCACGGAGUACUCUCCUCCGAUUUUGAAGAGAUCUGUACAUACUUUUUUUGACACGUUUUGCCAUCCCGCCCUGAGUCAUAUAAAGUUACUCAUUACAUAUAAGGGCUGCAUCCCCUGUAUUACAAUUUAUAUCGUCAACAAAACAUCUACCUACUCAAUUGCCCCGCACUUUGCGACUCCAAUAUAACACGUUGAAUAAUGGCUCCCAUCGUCCACUGCGUCCGUCACGCCCAGGGCGUUCACAACCUUGGUCGACAGUUUUACGGCAUCCAGGACCCUGACCUCACCGAGCUGGGCCAGCAGCAAUGUCUGGACCUCCGCAAGAAGUUUCCUUACCACAAGAACGUUGAUCUUCUCGUCGCCUCUCCUAUUCGCCGAACCAUGUACACUUGCCUGAUCGGAUUCCAGCCCGAGACGGAGCGUGGUCUGACGGUUAUUGCGCUUCCCGAGAUUCAGGAAACGAGCGAUAAUAAAUGCGAUACCGGCAGCGACCUGCCUAAACUGAAGGAGGAGUUCAAGGACCAGCCUGUGGAUCUCUCGCGUGUGGGAGAGGACUGGAACAGCAAGAAAGGAAGAUGGGCACCGACUGAUGUCGCCUUGACCGCCCGUGCCAAGGCCGCGCGCCAAUGGCUCAAGGCCAGACCGGAGAAGGAGAUUGUCAUGGUCACGCACGGUGGUUUCUUGCACCACUUCAACCAGGACUGGGAGGGCUUCGACCCCGUCGUGGGCACCGGCUGGAAGAACUGCGAAUUCCGCACCUAUGAGUUUGUCGAUGAGGAGGGCGACAAUGCCUCGCUCAAGGAGACUGCGGAGUCUCGUGAGCGGAGACGCGGCGCUGAGCAGCCUCUGACUGAGACCGAGAAGACACAGCUGGAAGUUACGCAGCAGCGCACUGCGGAAGAGAUCAAGGCGGUUGCCUAAAUGUCUGUGCGAGGUAUCUUUUUUCUUUUCUUGUGAAUCGGAAGUUAUUUGGUGAUUUGAUUCAGUUGGAGAGAUAGACAUCUUGUUUCUUUCGUCUUUUUAUGAGAUAUGACUUGCAUAUACUGGCAUCAUUUCAUAUUAGACGAUUCUCUUUUUCCUUUACAUAUAUGCAUACCCAUUUUAGACUUAGACUCUCAGACUUGCAAAUAUAAUGCACUUUGCUCAU